CGCCAUUGUUAUGGAGAAGAAGAAACCUGAUGAUCACCAACACGUCCAAGCUGGUAUUCAUCCCUUUAGGUCUCAGUUUUACCCGACCAACCUCAUCCCCAACUGUCUCCUCUUUGCCCUUGGAAUCACCUUCUGUUUCAUUGCCAGCUUCCAUAUCAGCAGACACCUCUCCAUAUUCAAUCCCUCAGGAUUCAGCUUCUUCCUCCUUCCACUUCAGAGUGCAGCAAAUGCUUCCGCCGGCCUCAAUCCGACAAGGGAGAAGGCCGGAACUGAGACGGAGGGAGAUACAGAGCAUCACACUGUCAAUCAUGGCAUGGAAGACGAUGAGUUAUUUUGGAGGGCAGCCAUGGUUUCGAAGAUCCACAGCAGGCAGUCCCACAGGCGAGUCCCCAAGGUGGCCUUCCUCUUCCUAACAAGGGGAUCCCUUCCCUUGGCACCCUUGUGGGAGAGGUUCUUCAAGGGACAUGAUGAUAAGUACUCGAUUUAUGUCCACACCGAUCCCUCCUACAAAGUUGCUGUGCCAAUGCAAUCAAUCUUUUAUGGAAGACGAAUACCAAGCAGGGAAGUUAAAUGGGGACAUAUUAGCCUAGUGCAAGCUGAGCGCCGGCUUCUCGCAAAUGCGCUGCUCGAUCCAUCGAACCAGAGGUUCAUGAUCUUGUCAGAAUCUUGCAUCCCCCUCUUCCCCUUCACCACCAUCUACGACUACCUCAUCAACUCCACGCAGUCUUUUGUAGAUGUAUAUGAUGAUCCACGGCCUUUCGGCCGGGGCCGAUACGAUAGUCGCAUGGCUCCUCUCAUCAGACUCGGGCAAUGGAGGAAAGGGCUGGCGUGGUUCGAGGUGGAUAGAAGAAUUGCAGUGGAGAUAGUUUCAGAUAAUACUUACUUUCCUCUGUUUGACAAGUUCCCGGUUCCAGUUCCUGAUGAGCACUAUUUUCCCACUCUCAUGAACAUAAGGUUCGGCCCGUGGGGCGCCAAUAGGAGCUUAACGUAUGUCGAUUGGUCUAAGGGUGGGCCUCACCCAGCUGGCUUUGGUAGGCUAGAUAUCACAUACGACUUGCUGUGGAAAAUGAGGCAUGGAAAUAGGUGCGUGUAUAAUGGGCAUGAGACAUCUCUUUGCACCCUGUUUGCUAGAAAAUUUUUCCCUGAUUCAUUAGAUACAUUACUAGACAUGGCAUCCCAAGCCUUAGGAUUCUAGAAAGUUGAGAAAG